CUGAGGGCCCCUAGUAUAUGAAAACUUAGCUAAUUCAAGCACUCGCGCCACAGCUUCUGUCGUCAUCAACCUCCUCACUUUCACUUCGUCCGUCUCGCUACCAAACCAAAGCACCUUCAUUCUGGUUUUGCUCUUUUCUUGUUCUGCAGAAACCCAAAAAUGAAAUCUUCGCUCAAUUCCUCGCCACUUCCUUCAAUACGUCGCCUCUCCUUCUUAAACCCUAAAUUCCUCUCUUCACAAACCCAAUUUCCUAAGCCCCAUUUAGAAUCAUCAUUGUCGAAGAAUCCCAAUCCGAGUACCAAUUCUUCCCAGUCAGUCACUUCAAAAUCUGAUUUUCCUGAGAAAGCCACUUCAGAAAUUGAAUUUCACGAAGACCUAUUUGGACGAGACUCGGAAAUAACACAAACCAAGGUGAUAAGCACUCUUCUAAGCCACAGGAGUGAACCAAAUUCGGCACUGGAGCACUUCAUAUGGGCUGAAAAAGAGCGAGGCUUUCUUAAAGGUGUCGAUGCGUUUUGUGUGUUGCUUCACAUUUUGACUCGCUUUGAAGAGACUCAUGUGCGUGCCCAAAUCUUGCUUAACCAGUACGCUUCCGGUGAUUCAGGCCCUGCUCAGCAAGUAUUUUUCGACCGCUUGAUAGACUGCGCUAAAAGCAUGUCCCUUUUCAAGCACAGGGUGGUGAAUUCAAAUUUAUGCUUCAGAUUCAGAUGUGAGGUGAGUUCUGAGGCGUUAGUGCAUGCACUAUGGUUUGGACAUAUGGGAGAUAACACCUUUUGCUGAUGCCCUUUCCGAAGGUGUUGUGGCAUCGUUAUAGAUUUAUUGGGGCAGGUGUGCCGUCUCUUGUCUGAGGAGGAGCUUUGUCAGUUCCCAUUCAUCAGCUGGUAUUUUUGAGGUGAAAGGAACAAUGUUCUGCAUGAUCAGAAUCCUCAGUGAACUUGCUAUUCUUCUCCAGUGUGCCAUGGAUAUUUAGGUUGACUGCUUUCAUGCUUGCCAUUCUCCCUCUCCCCCAUAUCCUGAUCACAUUGCCAGUGGAGAAUCCCCACCCUUCGGGGUCAUUAAACCGAACACCGAUGCAGUGCCUCUUCGGGGUUGAGAGGUGUUGGAGCAGUGGUUCUCCAACGGGCGAGUUGAUGGACGCUCUCCCUAAAAAAAGUCAACUGAGUGUUUUGCUCCUGCGACAAAGUUGAUGGCUAUCCAUGCAGGUUUCCAAAAUAGUGAGCAUUUUGUUUUUCUAGUUAGAAAGGAGCCCGAGUGGCUUUAAUCAUCUGUAUCCGAAAUCAUCUUCCUGUAACUGUUGCCUUUUGUAGUUAAUAAA